AAACAUCGUUUUCAUUCUUCCAUUAGCUGCAUUUCAUGUCUGACGAAAAAUUCAGUUAGCUCACGAGACGUUGGAUGAUUCUGUGACACUCUUGGCCAAGUGUCGCAGCCAGUCCACAGCAAACAAAGUCAAAGUUGGUUUGCUAGCGCUGGCUGGGUCGCUUCUGACUCUUGGCUUUGUCCGUCAGUACGUUGCCACUUGCGACCAUCACCACACCGACCAGAAUCAUGCACCCAGUCCCAACUUUGACGCAGGCGGAGUCUUCCUCAGCCUACCCAGCACCAGGCAUCUGCGCGAAAACCUCUGGUAUUACACGUCCGGGACGCAUGUUGCUGGUGUCAACCGCACCCAGGCUGUCUAUACGCGCGACUACAUUCAAGCGCAGGGAAUCGAGGCAGAGAUUGUCGAGUACUACCCGUGGAUGAACUAUCCGGUUGACCAACGCGUUGCACUGUUUAACGCAACUACGGGCCAAGCCCACUUUGAAGCUGGGCUCAAGGAGGACAUCAUUCCUGGAGAUUCUGCAUCAGAGGACCCGAACAACCUGCCUGCUUUUCACGGGUACUCAGCCAACGGAAACGUCACCGGUCAGCUCGUCUAUGCAAACUACGGCUCACUCGACGAUUUCAAGGCCCUCAAGGCAGCCGGCAUCAGCAUCAAGGACAAGGUUGUGCUUGUGCGCUACGGCGGCAUGACACGCGGCCUCAAGGUCUAUGCUGCUGGUCUGGGUGGCGCGCGCGGCGUGCUUAUUUACUCGGACCCUGCUGAGGAUGGCUAUGUCCAAGGUCCUGUCUACCCGGAAGGGCCGUGGAGGCCCGAGUCGUCGUUCCAGCGUGGCUCUGUCUCGCUCAUCCAGAUUCACCCUGGCGAUCCGCUCACGCCCGGCUAUGCUGCGACUAAGGAUGCGCCGCGCCUUGACCCGAGUGAAGCAGCCAAUCUUAAUCGCAUCCCGUCACUGCCUCUGUCGUACCGCGAUGUCGAGCCGCUGCUGCGUGCCUUGAAGGGACUCGGCAAACCGGCAAAGGAGGUCGGUGACAAUUGGGUCGGUGGUCUGACAUCUAAGGGCGUUGAGUACUGGACCGGUCCGAGCGAGUUGAGCGUCAAUCUGCUCAACAAGGUUGAGUACAAGAUUACUCCUAUCCAGAACGUCAUCGCCAGGAUCCCAGGCUGGAGUGAGCCAAACCGCGCUGUCGUGAUCGGCAACCACCGCGAUGCCUGGUGCGCCGGUGCGUAUGAUCCAUCUUCCGGAUCCGCUGCCCUUCUUGAGCUCUCACGAGGUCUCGGCAAGCUUCUGAAGCUUGGCUGGCGCCCGCGUCGCACCAUCAUCCUCGGCUCCUGGGAUGCUGAGGAGUACAGCCUGAUCGGUUCCACCGAGUGGGUUGAGGAGAACCGCAGCUGGCUUAACGCAGAGGCUGUCGCCUACAUCAAUGUCGACGGUGCUGUGGGUGGUGGAGAGUAUGCCGUUGGUGCAUCACCAGUGUUUGCGCAUCUGUUGCAUGAAGCCACUAAGCAAGUGCCGUACCCAAACUCUAACCAGACUGUCUACGAUGUCUGGCUAAAGGAUUCGGCUAGGAAUGCUGGCGACGAUAGGCUUGAGAAGCCAGCUAUUUACUCGCUUGGCUCUGGAAGCGAUUAUGCGCCAUUCAUGGCACAUGCUGGAAUCUCGUCCAUUAACAUGGGGUUCGGCGGUUAUGAAGGCGCGUACCAUUCCAACUACGACAGCUUUAACUGGAUGACAAGGUUUAUUGACCCCGACUUCAAGCUCCACCAGGCCAUGACGCGUCUGUGGGGUCUACUGACCAUCCGCAUCGCAGACGACCCAGUGCUUGACCUCAAGCCGACGACAUAUGCCGAGGAGUUGCAGCAGUAUCUCAAUGUCAUUGAGAAAUACGUUGCCUCACAGCUCCCUGACACAACUGAUGUGGAUCGGGCUAUUACCAAAAAGUUCCGCCAUCUCCGUCGUGCCCAGCACAAUCUGCUUCGCAGUGCACAGUAUCUGGAGAGGAGACUCCACUAUCUACAACGUGUCUAUGGUGAGGGCUGCCAGAUGGCCGGCAAUCGCCGCCGUGCUCGCUGCCACCAGCUGCGCAAGAGCAUCAAUGAGCGGGUUGCCAAACUCGAGCGCCAUUUCAUUGACCCCAGUGGUAUUCCGGGUCGCGAGUGGUACAAGCACAUUCUGGUCAGCCCUGGCCGCUGGAUGGGCUACGACUCGCAGGUAUUCCCAGCCCUGGCUGAAGCUGCCGAGGAUGGCGAUUGGGAGGCAUUCCAGGCCUACGAGGAGCGUGCAGCUGGGCUCGUCAACAAUGCUGCUCGGUUCUUGCGCAAGGUGUAAAUAUGGUCCUUGUGGAUAGUAUAGGCGAUGGGGCUUUUGGCCAAAGAUGAUGCUGGCGGUGUAGCACGUGAUUCAAACCAGGGCAAAGGGAGAUUGCCCCAGCUCCUGGAUUGCAGAGCCGGCGAGCCAGAAACGGACAAUCGAGCAUAUCCAGACCGUGAGAACCGGG